AUGAAGCCACCAGCAUUCAAGCUCCCUGUCCUCCUCGCCCAGCUCCCCAAGUCUGGUCUCAACGCCCUCGUCCGUCCUGUCAAGUGGCCCGCCAACUCGUUCUACAAGGUUUCCCACACCGACCUCAAGUUUAGGGAGACGGAGGGCAAGAUCAACGUCGGUGGAAAGGCCUGGGGCCAGCUGUUCUGGAGGGGCAAGCUCAUGGAGCCCACGAGCGUCCCCGCUCCCCGUAUCCGCGGCUGCCUGAAGAACCAGUUCGUCACUGUCAACUACUCGACCCUCAACGCCGCCGAGAAGGCCGAGGUCGACGGCGCCGCCGCUGUCUUGGAGGCCCAGCGCGAGGCUUGGGCUGCUUCCGCUAUCGAGCGCGCCCAGGAGUCUGCCCUCCGGAGGCAGGCUGCCAGGACCGGCGCGCCGGUUCGCGCGACCGCUUAG